AUGGAUCGGAUGACGCUCGGGAAACGACCGGGGGAGGGUGCGCGUGACGUCGACGCGACGUCGACGAAGCGCGGGAAGAGGGAUGGGGUGGUGGUGAUCGCGCUGAGCGACUCGGACGACGACGCGGCGGCGACGGCGGAGGUCGAGGCGACGACGGAUCUCGCGAAGGACGACGACGUCGUCGACGUCGGGGGGGGGAGGGAGAGGAGGGCGUCGGACGCGAGGGUGGGGGGCGCCGCGACGACUGGGGGGGGGGGGGCGAAAAAGGUGCACGCGUUUUUCAGCGAGUUCGCGAAGCGGCGAGACGCCGCGCGAGAGGCGAGGGAAAGGGGCGAGACGAACGCGUCGGAGACGAUCGCGGAGUUCGUACAGGUGAAACCGGCGCCUAUAGAGGAGGCGCUGGGACCGAUACACGUGGGAUACGUGGAGUACGUCGCGCGUGACGGAUCGGGCGCGAGCGCGUCGACGCGCGUGGACGCGUGGGCUUCGCGCGCGCUCGCGCCGUGUGCGACCACGCAUGCGGUGCGAUUGUGCGUGAUCGAUGACGACGAUAGAAAACAAUUAGAGUCAGCCCGAGCGGCGAUCGCGCCACGACCUCGCGUGGAGACGGAGGAGGAAGAGGAUGCGUUUUUGCGCGCCGUCGCCGUCGCGGCGAAUCGAGUCGAUGUGGAGCUCGACGGCGCGCCGCUGGCUAGUGACGACGAGCUCGUGCGCGCGAAGGGAGUAUUUAGAAACGAUUUAGCGAGAUUGAAGUUUCGUGCUGGUGCUGGCGACGAGGCGCAGUGGGUGGAUAGGUACAAACCGGGAGAGACGGCGGAUGCGCCGACGCAGCAAGCCGUCGUCGCCGCGUCGCUACGCAGCUGGCUCGGAGCUUGGAAACGGCGCAUGGACAUGCAGGCGGCUGGUAAGACUCCACCGUCACCGACACGACCGUGUUUACCUCGAAAGGUGUACACAGAGGACGACGACGAGUACUGGGAGAGCGACGAUGAGGAUGACGGUUUAGGCGGCGGGAAAUCCGUGGCAAACGGCGUCUUGAUGACCGGGCCUACUGGAUGUGGGAAGACAGCGAUGGUUUACGCGCUGGCGAAUGAAUUUGGGUUCAAAGUUUUGGAGGCCAACGCACUGGAUAAACGCAGCGGCCAGGAAAUUCUCGGCAAGUUCAUGGAGGCGACGCAGUCGAAGCGUUUCAACAAAAAAAAGACAUCUGAGCCUGCUCGUCCUCCGAACACCGGCCUGAAAGCUUUCUUCGCAGGUACGAGCGCUGAUGCGAACGUGGUCAAUGAGAAACCGAAGGAGAAGACGCAAGAGAAGCAAGAUGCGCAGUCGUUGAUUUUGUUUGAAGAGGUUGACAUUGAAAUCGCCUCUGAGCGCGGUUUCAUGGCGGCGCUCUCGCAAAUCGUGGAAAGCACCAAAAGACCGGUUAUUCUCACUUCGAACACGCCCGUCUUGCACAGCUUGUCCAUGGAUUUGCCUUUAGCUCGAGUGCGACUAGAUCCGCCAACAAUUCGUGAGUGCGCUGCGUAUGGCGCGCUCGUGUCUGCUGCAGCCGGAGCGCCUCUUCGACCAAGCGACACAAUGUCGAUCGCAUUCGCGUGCAAGGGUGAUUUGCGACGAACUGUGCACAACGCGCAAUUCGCGUCGUUCGGCGAUGGCGUCGUUGAGCUUGAUUCGAUCGAUUUCGAUCGACACUCCACCGCGCUCAUCGCCGCGGCACGAAAGGCGGCGCUCGAUGGCUCAAAGCGUAUCGGCGCGAUGCCUUUGGACGCGGCGAAGGACGUGCACACCAAGCUUAUUGAGUCAGAGCGUAAAGUUCAUCAGUCCAUGGUUCGAGAGGUAGAAGCGGGCCUCGUCAGGCAUCAGGAUAGACUCGCUCGGUGGGAGGCCAUAAAGGAGGCAAAGCGCGUUGAGCGCGUCAAGGCAAAGGCAAAAUUGCUUGGAUAUGAAAAACCGCCGCUCGAUCUCAAAGACGCGGAGAAGACUGCGAAAUCAAACGAUGAAGACGGCGACGGGCUCAAGGCGAAGAUCGCAGCCGCGAUCGCGGCGUUCGAUCCUACUGAGCCCGAGAAUCAACCUGACUGGUUGACUUUCGACGCGAGUCCGCCCGAGGGCGGUUGGAAUCGAGCAUGCGAUGAACUCUCCGCACUCGCGGCGCUCGCUCGAACGAUGUCCCAAGUCGACGUCAUGCGUUCAACCGUGCGCGUUGGUAUCACCGGUCCGUGUCGCGUAGACGCUCCGUGGACUAAGGAGACCGUCGGCGAUCACGAAGCCAUAGAGGACUGCGCCGCGAGCGAAGAUUUCUACCUGAGCAAUGGACCCGCGAGACAGACGCUCGGUGGCAACGAUAACGUCAGCUUUCUGGCGUCUGAUUUUUUAACAGAGCGAUGUGCGAGGCAGUUUCAUGACGCGAGACGAGUGCUCGGCGAACGAUACCCAGAGUCUGUGCCGAUGUCUCAGCCGGCGUGCGCUCCGUCGACUCCCGCGAAGGCGUCCAAGCGUGCCAGAGGUUCCACUCGAGCUCCACUCGCCGAUCAGCGUGGGUCUAUGCACGUGACUUGGCGCGCGCGUGCGCUGGCGGACUGUUUGGGCGGACGCUCCGUGAACAGCGAGGCGACGACCGAUCGUCUCGGUUACAUUGCUCGCAUGGUUCGAAUUCAGAACGCUCCAAAGGCGCUCUCUUCACCGAGUUCGAGAGGGCGAAACACGCGGAAGAGGCACCAGCACCUGAUUCUACCCCGCGAAAUUCGUGCAGAUUUACUCGACGUCUCGCACUUUGGCGGUGAUGCGAUGAUAUAG